GAGUCAGUAGAUUUUUGGUCAGUUUGACAGUUGAACAUUCCUAACUGCACACCUCACAGAUAUUUAAUUAAUGGCUUUGUUACUACAGCUUCUUGUCUUUGUGGCAUUUGCAAGUUUCACUGAAGGAGAAGGUGUGUUGCCUGAUGGUCCUCUGAAUGCAGCUGUAGGAGAAACUGUGAUGUUCACUACAGCACUGACUCCAACAGAGAAACCGUUUAAAUCUGUGAACUGGAGUUUUAAUUUCUCUAAGCUUAUAAUAGUCGUAAUUAACUCAGAAGAAACUAUUGGACCUGAGUAUGAAGGCAGGAUCACCUUCUUCCCAUCUAAUGCGUCUUUGGAGCUCAGGAGUCUCACUCUGAAUGACACUGGACCUUACAGUGUUAACAUUGUACAAGAUGGAAUACUCCCAAGUGGCCGAACCACUCUGGUGAUAUACGAGAAAGUCUCCAUUGUGUUGGUAACUUCCAGCAGCACAGACUUGGUUGAGUUCAAUGAUUCUGUCUCUCUGUCCUGCUCUGCCUCUGGAUCCUCUCUCUCUUUCCUCUGGUUGAACGGCAGCUCUGAGGUUACAGCAAGUGACAGAGUUCAGCUCACUGAUGGAGGCUCCAAUCUGACUAUAAUCAAUGUGACCCGCUUUGACCAGGGACCAUUCAGGUGUAGUGUGUCCAACCCUGUCAGUACUGGUACCAGUGAUCCAGUAAACCUCUCCAUCAGCUAUGGUCCAGAAAAUAUCAAUUUGAUCUUAUCUCCACCACAAGGAUACUUUGCUGUAGGGUCAGACAUCAGCCUCACCUGCUCAGUUGGAUCCAGACCUCCUGCCCAGUUUAACUGGUUUCUGAAUGGAGAUCAGCAGUCUGAUACUGGAUCAGAGCUCAGACUGAUGAAUGUUAACAUGAGUAACAGUGGAAACUACAGCUGCCAGGCCUUUAACAGCAAAACUCUGAGAUCUCAAACAUCUCAGCCUUCAACCAUCACUGUACUGGAGAAAAUAUCAGGUUCUUCUGUCAAACCAUCACCAAACCUGCCAGUUGAGGGAACCUCUGUCAGUUUAACCUGUGAGGCUUCUGGCUCAGUCUUUACUAGAAAAUGGAUGAAGGAUGGUUCAGAACUGACCCCGACUGACAAUAUGACCCUUUCUGACAGUAACAGAGUUUUGACCUUUAACACUGUGAAUAGGAAAGACAAUGGAGAAUAUUUCUGCCAGAUCAGCAACCCUGUCAGCACUGAUGAAGCUAAAUACAUCAUGACUGUUAAUUAUGGACCAGAAAAUGUUCAAAUCAAAGGUCCAAAUGAGAUAAAUAUCAAAGGCACCUUAAAACUGACCUGCUCUGCUGAAUCCACACCGUCUGCCAGAUUCACCUGGUUCUUAAAUGGGACAGAGAAACUCACAAAUUCAGCUGAGUACAAUAAAGAAGAGGUUGAAUUUUCUGACAGUGGCAACUACACCUGUCAGGCAUGGAAUAAUAUAACUGAGAGAACAUCAUCAUCAGUGGUGCAUGGACUGACUGUAACAGAAAAAUCAUCAGGAUUAUCUGCUGGUGCCAUCGCUGGAAUAGUAAUUGCAUGUUUAGUCCUUGUUGCUGCAGCUGUUGGUGGCGGAUACUACUUUUAUAAGAAAAAAGGACCUCUGAAGAAAUCUACAACAGGAGUCCAGGGAACUGCAGCUUCCUCAAAUCAGGAGUUGAACUAUGCAGAUGUCAGGUUUUUCCCAAAGAGAAAUGAUGGGAAAGUUCAGAUGGGGGUACAGAAUGAAUCCUCAAAUUAUGCUCAGGUUCAAGCGAACAGCAGAGCUCCUGCAGCAUCCUCCCUCCCUACAUAUGACGCUCACAUGCACCGCGUGAGGAGGCCAGCCCCUCAGCCUGAUCCUAAUGCUGCAGAAACCUAUGCUCAGGUUCGCGUACGCUGAGUGUACUGGAUGUGAUUCAUAUCCAAGCCGGUCAGAAGCAGUCAAACACUCCAUUUAUUGUGGACUAGCUUGGACUUGAGCUCCUGAGUCAAAGCACUUUAAAAGUAGUCAAUAAUCAACCAGCUCUGAAAUUUAUUGCCAUGGGAACAAUGUUUCCUUAUUACUUUGAGUAAACGGCAUAUCAUAGCGUUCCCGUCCUUAUGUUCAGCAUUUUCUUUGUACAGUGCAAAGUGCAGUGAUCUGAGCAGUGAUAUUCUUUUUAUGUGAUUCAGAUAUUUAUCUGUCACUUUUGUCAUAAUAUAUUGUCAUGUGAUUUCAUACAAGAUUCUUAUUUGUGGCUAAUAGUGAAGUAGUAAUUUUUUAAAAGCAACACUCCUGGAUGCUACUUGAUGAUUAGUUUGACAAUUCAUUACUUCAUUAUCUUAGUGAACUGUAAAGGUGCAGCAAUUUAAAGAUUUAAAUGAAAUCUGCUUUAUCAUCCCUGCAAACGAAAGGUCAGCAGUGACAAUAACUAAUAAUGUUUCUGUUUAAAAAUCAUUGCAAAAGAUUUUGAAUGACUCCAAACUUUCAAAUAUUUUCUGGUGCUAUUGGGCAGGUUAAGGGAAACCAUCCAUUGCACACUAGACAAUAGUGUGGAUCAUAUUUCAGAAUAAUACUACAUAUUUUUUUUUACUUACCCUGAUAAAUAAUAAUAAAUGCUUUAUAUAGGCACGCUUUAUCUUUAUCAGGGUUUACAUAAACAUGAGGGAACUGUAGAUGUUUUCCUGGGACAAGUGAACCUGUGUGAUGAGUAUAGUUAUUGAUAUGUAUGAUAACAGUGAGCUACUUUAUCAUUUAAAUCCCUUCAACAUGCCUAGAUGACUUCAUCUUCAUAAUUGUCACCAUGUUUUGUAUUAAUAGGUUUGCUAAGUAUGUAUAAUGUGCUAUGUGGGAAUUGCAGGGCUUAUUUUUUUAUUUUAUAUAUUUUUUUACUUGUUCCUCUUUUCCAUUCGUUUCUGUCUGUGUAUUUCCAUUUGUGUCUGAAAUGUUUCUGCCAUGUUAAUUCUGAAAAACCCAGAAAAAAAUUUCUACACAAAAUUGUCCACUAGUCACUAGGCAUGUUUGCAGGCUAAGAUAGCAAGGCAUUUGUUUCCUCUGUCAAUAUCUAUAUCUCAAUAGUGCAAACAUAAACAGCCCUUAAUGAUACUGUAGUGUGCGAUGUUUCAGUAAAGGCAUUAGAUGCAGUAGAAUUGGACUAACACAUUUUAAGGUGUCUUUUUAAUAAAGCAGAAUAUCCCACUUGAGAGUCAAAUAUGAUGAGAGAGUUUUACUACAGAUUUAAAGUUCUUUCUUUUUUUUAAUGUUGAGUGAACUGAAAACUGUUGACAGUCAAUAACUGUAUGACUUCAGUUUAAGGGUAUUGUAAAUAAAAUGAAGAAAUCAUAUAACAAAACAUCUUUUACUUUGUGCUGUGGCUGCUGUGGAAAUGUAUAAUGAUUUUUUUCUUAAUAGUGUGCUUCAUGUAUUAAACUGAUUCAUUUGCAAGUAGGCACUGGAUCCUAGCAGGUGUUGCUAAGGAUUGUGUUUGAAAUCAUUCAAGCAAUAAAUGCGUGACAGAGAUGGCGCUUGUCCUUUUCUUAGUGUGCAUUGGGUAACAAGGAGUUAUGUCUAUUUAAAGAGCAACGCUUCAAUUAACAAAUAAGAGUAGUUUGUCUUAACUCUGGCUUUAAACUCAUUGAAUCAAUGCCAUUCAUUGUUUAACUGUGGACCAACAACACUUGUCAUUCACCUUUUCUAUUCAAUUCAAUUCAGUUCAAAUCAAAUGUAUUAAUUCUGACUGUGUGUGCAAUCUGUACUUGUGUCAUUUUUGGUCUUCUGUGUAAAACAAUAACGUUAGUUUAGAGCACAUGAAACCAUGAGAGAAGACCUAUCUUCAGUGUUUAUCUAGUGGUUAUCUCAGUCAGCCCUCCCCCCAUUAGUUAGCCAUUACUGAAGAUCAAGCUACAUUUGCAUUGUCCCUGUGGGUGUUUUAUGUCCAUUGAAAGCUGAUGUCUUUUUUUCUGCCACAUGCCGAAAUGAAAGUUAAAUAAAUGUGUAACCAGUUUGCACCCGUUCACUCAGGAGUGCAAUGGUGAUAACUGCAUGUUAUUUUUUAAUGUAUUUGUAAUAAUAUACUUCUUCAAAUGAAUAAAAUAUGUUUUCAACUAAUGAGUUUACAGAGCAUGUUCUGCUUUAGUGACACUUUUGCUUCUGUCUUAAAAUGC